AUGGAAGCUCUCCUAUCCCACUCCUUCGACUACCUCACGUCUCCCUCACCUCCCAAAAUCCGCAAAGGUCUCCGACAACUCGAAGGUCUCCUCGCACAACUCACACUGCAAGCGGCGACUUCAUCUGCACCGGAACCAUCCAAAGCGCUGGCUCUCAAAAGCAAUCCUCCCAGUGCCCCGUUGUCUACCAAACCCACAUCGACGCCCAAACCUCUCUCCUCGCUGCCACAAGACCCCGCAUUCCGCACCUUCUACAACCUGCAGAAUACCUUCCAAUACAAUGUCGCCACUCGCCUCAUCAGCACACUGGAGCGGCUGUUGGGUAAGAGCAACAACGGCGCCAACGACCUGCUCAUCAUCGCGGCGCUAGACCUCGUGCAGGGGAUGCUCCUACUGCACCCACCCAGCCGCGAGCUCUGGGGCCGCGAAGUCUGCAUGAACCUUUUCCUCGACCUCCUCGACCCCAACUCCUGCCCCGCCAUCCACAUUUCCACGCUCCAAGCCCUGACCGCCUCCCUGAUCGACCACCCGGCCAACACCCGCCUCUUCGAAGACCUCGACGGCCUCCUCGUCGUGACCUCGCUCUUCAAAUCCCGUCAGAGCAGCCGCGAGGUGCGCACCAAGGGCGUCGAAUUCCUGUAUUUCUACCUGGGCGCCGAGGAGCGCGAGUCGCAGAAGCGCGAGGCCAAGAGCGCGGGGAAUACGGAGGUGUUGGGCGGCAGGGGGAGAGAAGUGCUGAGUGCGUUCCGCAAAGAGGAGCAGGCGAAUGCGGCGGGAAGGAGGGAAAGUGCCACUGUCGGGGGCCCGGUUGGGGGUGGUGGGACGACGGGGUUUGGGGAUGGGGCGCUCAAGAUCAAGAGCUCCGAAGAGAAGCAGGCGAUGCUGGGGAGGUAUAUGGGCAACGUGCAGGAUCUGAUGGAUGAUAUGCGCGAGGCUCAGGCGGGAGGCGGGCUGUUGAGUCGUGGCAGCGUGAGUCCCGUGCGGGUUUGA